AUGACGUCGGUUCCACUAGAUCAUCUUGAAACAAACGAUGAAAAUCUAUCUGAUGAUGACAAUGAUAAAUCAUCAUUAAGUUCUGCAAGUGAUUCAUCUAAUGACUGUCCAUUUAGUGCCGAAAUCUGCACAAAACUUAGUGCAGCAUUUGCCAAAGCCACAGGUAUUGACAUCGAAGUUGCUGUUCAUUUACUCAAAGAGUAUGGAUGGAAUAUUGAUCAAGCACUACGAGCAACGUAUGAAGCCAAAGAACAUGCUCAAUCCAUGGUAAAUACGAAACAAGAUUGGAAGAAAACUGGAGAUAAAUAUUUCAAAAUUCUGUCUUGGAAUGCUGAUGCUUCAGAUACCGAUGAAGAGGACUUAAAUGACUUAAUUCAACAAAGAAUGGAAACCAUGAUUGAAAUCUUACUUCGAGAAAAGCCGGAUGUGAUUCUCUUACAAGAGAUUGGAACAUUCGCAUUAACAUUAAUAAUAACAUGUCUUUCGGCAUUGUAUGAUGAUGAAUCAAUUCAAACGGAUUCAUUGAAUUACGUAUCAAUAUUUACACGAAAGUCAACAAUGAAAAAAGCGAAAGUAUUAGUCAUUAAUAAUCAAAAUAAUUGGAAUAUGUUGAAAGUUGAAACUGAAUAUAAAAAUUCUAUCAAGUUAGAUCUAUUCAAUGCUAUUAUCGAUGAAAAUACAUCAUCAUUUUGCUUCGAGCAAAUCAACCAGAGUAAUACAAAUCAUCCUGUUCUCUGUGGUAUUACAAGCAAAAUCACGAAUGCUACUGAUCAUCUGGAAUCCGGUAAUCUGGUAGAUAUUUGGGAAGUGACUGACCAACAACUAGAAAAAAACUAUACAUACGAUCCUGUCAUGAAUUCGAGUAUCUCUAGCCGCGAAAAGCCUCGACGUUGUGAUCGACUUUUCUUUCGAUCAACCACAUCCACAGCGGAGAAAUUCAAACCCGUUCACAUGGAACUCGAAGGUAUCGAACAUAUUAAAACUUCAGACACCAUCUUCCCAUCCACUCAUUGGGCUCUUCAAAGUUAUUUCGACGUCGACAUCUGA